GUAAAACCGCUUUACGUUAGGUCGUCUCUCGGAAAGAUGAGAGACGAAGGGCUCGAGGUCGACGGAGACAGAAAACUGCACGAAUUUAACAUUAGCUGGUUCGAUCGUCUGAACGAUAACUUUUAUGGAAGAUUUAUACUUAGCUUAGGCCAGGUUUUUAAUAAACCUGUCACGUAUUUCAGAGAAAACUGGAUUGAACCUAUUCAGGCUAAGAAUCGUGGUGUUUACUACCACAGGCGAUUCCGUAGGGUCCCUACAAUUGAUGAGUGUUAUGAAGACGACCAGCUCUGCAUCUACGAGGCUAAUGAUCAGAUGAAGAGGGACAAAAAUGUAGAUAAACAAAUUGUGCGACAUUUGAAGUUUCGAUUCGAUUCUUGUCGACGAACACACGGUCCUGGCGCUCAGACUCGAUGUUAUAAGACGUACGAGGACUGGCUUCAGGCAAAGGAAGACUACAUGAUUAAAUGGGGAGAUUUACCUGCCCAGCACAACACUUUAGAUGUUUACUACAAGCAAGUCCAUCGGAUGAUUCACGAACGUCGUCAGCAGUUACAGAAAGAACAGGGGAGUUCAGAGUAGACUGUGUUAAAGUUGUGGUUUUCUAGUUGACUGUAUGAUACAUUAAAUAAAUCUCAAGUAUAUUAUAGAGAA